AUGGGUUUAAGCCGAUACUUAAGCCGGCGGCAUCACUGGGUAAUACAAUACUGCGGGCUACUUCUAUUUCUCUAUUUCAUUUAUUCCUACGUGGCAACAUCAAAUGACGCGCCAGUUUUAAAUGAUGAGGUUCCGGUUUUUCAGAAUCCAGCAAAUAAUCGGCCGAAUCCCCCAGCAGCACUCGGAGACGAAGCUUUAGAUCCUUUUGAAAAAUAUCGUGGCCAUGAGAAGAUUAAAUGGGAAGACGAGGUCACGUAUGAGCGAGAAAAGGCCAGAGAAGGACCAGGAGAAUGGGGAAAACCGGUGAAAGUUCCAGACGAUAAAGAGACCGAAAAGGAGGCGCUCUCUCUGUACAAAGCGAACGGCUACAAUGCAUACGUUUCCGAUAUGAUCUCGUUGAAUCGAUCGAUCAAAGAUAUUCGACACAAAGAUUGCAAAAAGAUGAUGUACUCGGCGAAAUUGCCGACGGUUUCGGUCAUUUUUCCUUUCCACGAAGAGCACAACUCCACACUCCUCCGUUCCGUCUAUUCCGUCAUCAAUCGGUCACCUCCAGAACUUCUGAAAGAGAUCAUUCUGGUGGAUGAUUUCAGUGAGAAACCAGCGCUCCGUCAGCCACUCGAAGAUUUUUUGAAGAAGAAUAAAAUUGAUCAUAUUGUGAAGGUUUUGAGGACAAAAAAGCGAGAGGGUCUCAUUCGUGGUCGCCAACUUGGUGCUCAGGAAGCUACCGGCGAGAUUUUGAUCUUCCUCGAUGCUCAUUCAGAAUGCAAUUAUAACUGGUUGCCACCACUUCUCGAUCCAAUUGCAGAGGACUAUCGUACUGUUGUCUGCCCAUUUGUUGAUGUGAUCGAUUGUGAAACUUACGAGAUUCGCCCUCAGGAUGAGGGAGCACGUGGCUCAUUUGAUUGGGCUUUCAACUAUAAAAGGCUUCCACUGACGAAAAAAGACCGCGAGAAUCCAACGACUCCAUUCAAUUCCCCGGUGAUGGCUGGUGGUUACUUUGCAAUCUCUGCGAAAUGGUUCUGGGAACUCGGUGGUUAUGAUGAGGGACUCGAUAUCUGGGGUGGAGAGCAAUACGAAUUGAGUUUUAAAGUUUGGCAGUGUCACGGACGAAUGGUCGAUGCUCCGUGCUCUCGUGUUGCUCAUAUCUACCGUUGCAAGUACGCUCCAUUCAAGAAUGCAGGAAUGGGUGAUUUUGUGUCGAGAAACUAUAAAAGAGUGGCGGAAGUGUGGAUGGAUGAGUACAAGGAGACACUUUAUAAGCAUCGCCCGGGAGUUGGCUCCGCAGAUGCAGGAGAUUUGAAAUUGAUGAAAGGAGUUCGCGAGAAACUUCAAUGCAAAUCAUUCGAUUGGUUUAUGAAGGAAAUUGCGUUUGAUCAAGAUAAAUACUACCCUGCCGUCGAGCCAAAAGCAUCGGCACAAGGAGAAAUUCGACACGGUGCAUCGAAUCUUUGUAUUGAUACUCAGUUUAAGGAGCAAAAUCAGAGAUUUGGGUUGAGAAAGUGUACGUCGGAUGAUAAGGACGGUGGAGGCGAGCAGGAUUUGAGGUUGACGAGAUGGCAUGAUGUGAGACCGAAGGGAAGAAAGAUCUGUUUUGAUGUGUCGACGAGUGUGGAUAAGGCGCCGAUUAUUCUUUUUGAUUGCCACUCCAUGAAAGGAAACCAACUAUUCAAGUAUCGUGUCUCCCAGAAACAAAUCUACCAUCCAGUAUCCGGACAAUGUCUUUCAGCAGAUGAAAACGGAAAAGGAUUCCUCUACAUGAAAAAAUGUGAUAGCACGUCGGAUCUCCAGAAAUGGACGUGGCAAACGAUCGAUAAUGAUCUACUCGAAUCUCGGCAGAAUAAUGAGGCGAAGGAGUUGGAAUAG